AUGCCGUUUGUACAUUCGUGGCUUGGUCGCAGGACCUUGCAUAUGGGGAACCUUGCCGUCAAUCUAUCGACGCCGGGAGAUUUACUGCUUAAAGGAUCAAAAGUGGAGCUUCAGCGUCGCAUGGACUCGCGUGGUGAUCGUCGUCAAAGCAGGGCAAUGCUGAUCGGCUCCGAGCAAGUGUAG